CUUAAAAGGAGAAAACUCGGUGUGUGUGUUUUAACUUCAUCCCACGUUUUUCAUUUUCCUCCAUCACACAAGUUCUCAUUUCUUCCCUUUUCCGGUGACUCUUAAGCUUUUCCUUCAGGUAGAUAUUUGUUUGGUUCCAGCGGUUGCAUAUAACAUGGAGAGAGAUUUUCUCGGGCUGGGUUCAAAAAAUUCACCCAUCACUGUGAAGGAGGAAACCAGUGAAAGCUCCAGAGAUUCAGCUCCGAGUAAAGGAAUGAAGUGGUCAUUCCCAAACAAAGCCUCUGCUACUUCUUCUCCUCAGUUUCUAGCUUUCAGGCCAUCCCAAGAAGACAGACAUAGAAACUUUGCAAACUAUCAUCUCCCACACUCUGGUUCCUUCAUGCCAUCAUCAGUAGCUGAUGUUUAUGAGUCCUCCAACCGGAGCACUCCUUACAGUUCUGUUCAGGGAGUUAGGAUGUUCUCUAGUUCCAAUCCACAUGAAGAAGCUACCUCAGUUUCAUUCUCUAGGCCGGGUCUCCAGUCUCAUUAUGCACCAGGAGGAACAAGCUUCAUCAACAAUAGCGUAAGCUCGCAACCUUUGGUAGGAGUUCCUAUCAUGGCACCUCCAGUAUCAGUCCUUCCUCCUCCAGGUUCCAUUGUUGGAACAACUGAUAUUAGAUGUUCUUCCAGGCCAUCAGGAUCAUCACCUGCUCAGCUGACCGUCUUUUAUGCCGGUUCAGUUUGUGUUUAUAAUGACAUAUCUCCUGAAAAGGCCAAGGCGAUAAUGUUACUUGCUGGAAACGGUUCCCCUAUGCCACAAGCCUUUUCACCACCUCAAACUCAUCAUCAACAAGUGAUCAAUUAUGCUCGUGCCUCCGUUGAUUCUUCAGCUGUGCCUCCUAGCUUCAUGCCUACAGUCUCUUAUCUUAGCCCUGAAGCUGGAAGUAGCUCAAAUGGGUUCGGAGCAGCUAAAGCAGCAAGAGGCUUUACAACAACAACAUACCACAACCACCACCAAACUAAAGCAUCCAAUAUCAACUCUUCAGUGGCGGCUUCUUGUUCUGCCAAUGUACCUCAAACAGGUAAAAUAGUGGCUUUACCUCAGGCUCGGAAAGCAUCUCUGGCUAGGUUCUUAGAGAAGCGCAAAGAAAGGGUAACAAGCGUAUCACCAUAUUGCUUAGACAAGAAGUCAUCAACAGAUUGUCGCACACCAAUGUCUGAAUGCAUAAGUUCUUCUCUCAGCUCUGCAACCUAAUCAGUGAUACUGCUUCAGACCACUCCGGAUCCGUAUUUGCAUUUCAGUGGUGGUUAUUCUGUUAUUUUAUUUUAUUUUAUUUUUGUUACCGAAUUUUCCUUCCACGGAGUUUCUUCUUAGCUUGUACUAUAUACUACUAUAGUGUAUACUUUUAUCAUCUGAUUUUGAUCGAAUGGAACUAUGAUUAAAUUCAAAACUUGUAAUAUUCUGAACCGAAACAAAAUCAAAUCACAAAUAAAUUUUGGUUCUC